AUGUCUGUAUUAGGACCCACUCCGCUUUCCACAUUAGCAACUCCGGCUCUUUUUGCCUUGCCUGACCGAACCAUCAUCGUUAGCGGUGGUGGUCGAGGUUUGGGACUCUCAGUCACGAGAGGAUGUCUCGAAGCAGGUGCCAACGUCGCGGCAGUCGAUCUGCUUCCCGUUCCCACCGAGCCUGAAUGGUCAGAAUGUCAAGCAACUGCAGCUGCCAACAACCUCAAGAUCACUUAUUACAACCUCGACAUCAGCAAUUCGGAUGCAGUGAAUGAGGUGUUCGCCGAGAUUUUUGUCGAGGCUUCACCUUCAGCACCUGUCAAAGGCAUGUUUCUCGCCGCGGGUGUCCCAUCCAGCUUAACAGUUUUACAAUCUAGCAUCGAGUAUUGGCGAAAAGUCUUUGAUGUCAACACGGCCGGAACAUUCCUCUGCUGCAAGGCUUUCGCAGAUCAGUGGCUGAAGAGGAAUAAGGUUGACGGGAGUCCCGGUGCCGGAGGUGCCAGUAUCGUCCUUACAGCUAGUGUCGCGGGACACGUCGCCAAUAGACAAAUCCCUUGUUCAGCAUAUUCGGCGAGCAAGGCUGCAGUCAUACAUAUGGCCAAGAGCUUUGCAGCAGAAUGGGGAAGAUCUGGUAUUCGUGUCAAUGCUGUAUCACCUGGAUAUAUCAAGACAGUUAUGACUGCAGGUAUCGUGGCUGCCCGUCCAGGAUACGAGGAAGAUAUGGUCAACUCAACUCUGCUGGGUCGAGCGAGCACAGGAGACGAAUAUCGAGGACCUGUCAUCUUCCUCUUGUCCGAAGCAAGCUCAUUCGUCAUCGGUGCAGAUCUUAUAGUUGAUGGUGGUCAUGCUGCAUAA